CAGAGUAAAGCUAGUGUUACAAACUGCUCGCUUAUUUAUAAACGCGUAGAGAAUGCCAGUUUCCUGUAGAGGAGCAGCCUAGAAUUUUGUUCUUAAAAAAAAAUGUAGGGAAAAAGGUUUCUAGGAAAAAAAAAUUGGUUGCAAUGUGUUCUUGAUGCCUGUUUUGUUUUGCCAAGCAAUGGCUUCAUAUAAAAGUAGGUUUGUGGUUGUUAAAUGUAAGUACAGCUAGAUGUGGUAGAGAAGUAAGUUUCUCAGUCUCCAGGACUAUUCAUGUUCUGCAGGUAGCAGAAGGUGGGUAACAAAACAGUUAAAAAGUGGUGGGCUGGCUCCUUCUCUGCACCUAUUUGGAUGAACUUUCUCCCCCACCCAAAAAAAAAAAAAAAAUCACAAAUACAGUAUUCCUGUCUAUCCCAUUUCAUAUUUACUUGUGAGUGAACAAUUGCAACAGUGUGCAAAGGGGCAGGUCCUUGGAUCUCUUAAAUGUUAGUAUCCUGUCAGUGUAUGUGAUUUGUUUUCUGCUUUUAUUUUAGGAAAUCUAAAAUGAGAAAUUAAUCUUAUUUUCUGCCUCAGAAUAACAUUGAAUAACUGGUUAAUCAUACAACCUCUCAAGAAACAUUUGAAUCCUCUUGGGAAAUAUGAAAACAAAGAACUGCUUUUCAAAUAUCGUUCAGAACAAUUGACACAUUCCAGGGAAAAAGCUGUUGUGUUUGGGGCUUUUUUUGCAAAGUUCAGAAGAAUCUGCAUUCUCUGAGAUUUUAAAUAAGUAUAAAAUGAAAACGGUUUGAAGUUUAGCCUUCAAAAUGAAUGUUGGGAAGUCAGAUGACAAAGCAAAGAAUGGCUUGAAGUCUUCCUUACUUAUAAGGGAUGAAAAUGGAAAUAACUACGCACGUGACAGAGCUACACCUUCCUCAAAGAAUUGUGCCACCAAGAUACACAGCAAUUCAACUGACCAGAAUAUAGUGGCUGAGCAUGAUGAUGAUUUUGAAAAUACGAGUGACUUCAGAAGUAUUCUUUUAAAACAGCAGUGUAUUGAGGUACUUGAUCUGCAGAAGACACCUGGCAGAUACAGCUGCACAGGAGCUCUGUUGGGAGAUGCAGAUGCUGCUUGCAAGUCUUCUGUCACUGAACAGACUUGCAUGUGUCCUUUGAACUGUGACUUGAAAGCAACAACAAACUUCUUGAAAGGUGACGUUGUUAUGGCAAAAAUGCAAAAUCAGAGUAUCAGACACACUGUGCCUUACAGUCAGACAGACUCUAAGUGUGGAGUAGCACUUCCUGCUUCAGAGCAGUCCCUGAUAAAUGACAGGGCAUGCUGCCACCUGAGCACAUUGGAUGUUACUAAUGUUACAGGUGAAACUCUGGGAACUGAUCAAAAUGAUGAUAUACAUCUGAGAGAAACACUACUCUUUUCUGAAAUAUGUACAAGAGAGAAAUUUGAUAGAACCAGCUCAGAAAGAACACCUAAUUUCAUCUCUGCAGGUGUCGAACACUGUCUGAAAAAUGCUAUCAAGACUGAUAAAGAAUCACAGGAAACAGAAGCACAGUCUGUAGAACUAGCUGCUGAAUGUAUAGGUCCUUAUAGACGAGAUGCAUUGUCAUCAUGCAUUAAUAUUAAUGAAGAUGACCAAGUGAAAUCCUUGCGGGAUACCUCUGACCAUGAUGAAACUGGGAAUUCCAAUGUUGAAACGUGCAUAGAUAGUCUUGUAAAUAAUGUGCACCUUCUUCCAGUAGAUAAAAUGGAUGGAGAACAAGUAUCAAAGAAAACCAGUGAACCUUUAACCAAAGAACAGAGUAUCUCUGGAAAUGCUGCUCUUCAGGAUAUGCACAACACCCCUUCUGUAUCUUGCAGUGUACCAAAAUUGAAGAGGACUGCUAUACCUGACCUGAAAUGUGAAGAAACUUUUGUGGUCUUCAGUCCUAUGGCUGAUGAAAGUGCUUCUGCUCUAUGUUGUUCAACCCCUAAAGAGCAAUCAAAAAAUAGAACUUUUUCUGUUUCAGCUUUGGAAGAACUCGGAGACAAGUCUCCUAAACUAAGACCAAAUGAGACAUUUGUAGGAGGACAUAAUAAAAGGUCUGUGCUUAGAGCUAGUUCAGAUCAAACUGUAAGAAAACCAGUGGGCAGGUCUUCUAUUGUGUCAACAAUAACCAAAGCAAAGAAAUCGGAGAUUGUUAGUUUUCCCAAACCUGAUUUCAAAAAUGUGAAGCCAAAGGUUGUGUCUAGACCUGUGCUACAGUCAAGAGACAGCGCAGCAUUAAAACAGUCUCCCCAGUCCUCCCAGUUGUCAGCUGUCUCCUCGCCUUCACGGGUUGCUUCCCCAAGGCAAUUGUCCUCUAUAAAAGUGUUGAAAAAGACAGUAGAUCUAGCUAAAGUUUCAAAAGUGGAAUUGCCUGUAAAUAAGCCCCAUAAGCUACAUCUUAACAAACGCCUCUUCACUAACCAAGUUGUACAUGCCACAACACCUCCCAGAAAUGCUUCCCACAAGACUUCAAAGACACCAGCAUUAAAGCAAAGUCCUGAAGACACUGACAAAGCAAGCGCUACCCAUUCAACGUGCUCCUUGGUUUCUGCUGUGUUUCCAACAUGCGUAGAGAGCUCGGAAGAGAUGCUAAAUGAUAAAAUGGAAAGUUCAGACUCCUUAAUGCAGCCUUGUGCUCAAGAUAUUGACCCAGCUGGAGGUGAAAAAGAGCAAAGCACCAAUAUGGGAAUGCUUCUGGAAGCGACCUUGGUAAAAGAUGUGGCAAAUGAAACGUUUGACAUGCACUCUGUUCCUUUGAUGCCUUCUGUGAAAGAUGGGACAACUCAAGGGAAAAACAUACCAAAGAAAGACCCAAUCGCACUACAAAGUGUAUCCACUCCCAAGGCUAAAAUGGUGCCAUCUGUGUUGACCUUGAAUAGAGGAUGUAAAAAUAAAACUACCAGCACUGUUAAAACACCUUCUCACAAGGAAGCUCUUUUGUCAGCAAGCUCCGGUAUAGGAUCUUUGCCAGGAGAGAAGUAUGCCUCAGUGAAAAAUUCCCCAACCUCCUCUGGUAAAUCCCUCGCCAAAUUCAAAGUGCCUGUCAAAAGAUCAGUGCUUGAGAGAACACCUAGCCUCUCAUCAGUCAGCAGCACUCAGAGUGAGCGAAGUCUUUUCAGCACUGCAAGUGCCACAGUCAUCAAGAAUGGAGAAUGGCCUUCAAAACCAGCCUGCCAGAAUGGCACUUCAGGACCUGUCCCUUUGAAAGCACUGUCAAGACCUAGAUUGCACUUGUUGAAGUCAACUCCGAAAGGAGCCAAGACCAAAUCUGCUUCACUGAACCAGUGCACACCAAAAUCAGCUGGGCCACUGCACCCAGGAAGGAAAGUCAGUGAGAUUAGAGGUUCUCCUGGAAGAAGUAUACACCAAAGCCUAUCUUGUUUGGGUCCUGUUGACAAGGGCAAGCAGCGGAGUCCCAAGAGCUCGUGCAUACAGACUCAAGGCUCCACAGAUGCACGUUCACCUGGCACAAAAGCAGCAGAGUUGACACAGUACAAAACAAAAUGUGAAACCCAAAGUGGAAUCAUCCUGCAGCUGAAAAAAUUCCUGGCAUCCAGUAACCAGAAGUUUGAAGCAUUAACUGUUGUCAUCCAGCACCUGCAGUCUGAGAGGGAGGAAGCACUGAAACAGCGUAAAGAGUUAUCUCAAGAACUAGUUAACCUUCGAGGAGAACUAGUAACCACUUCUGCAGCUUGUGAGAAAUUGGAGAGAGACAGGAAUGAACUGCAAGUUGCUUAUGAAGGGUUUUUGCAAAAGUUAAACCAGCAACAUCAUGAUGACUUAGCUGAGCUGGAGGAGAGGCUUAAACAGUUUUACACUGCAGAAUGUGAGAAACUCCAAAGUAUCUGCAUUGAGGAAGCUGAGAAGUACAAAGCACAACUCCAGGAGCAGGUGGACAACUUAAAUACCACACAUGAAAGCUUUAAGCUGGAACUCGAAAACAGACACUCAGAAAAAGUAGAGGAGCUGAAAAAGGAGUAUGAAUCCUCUUUUUCAGAGCUCAAGAGCACCCAUGAAUCUGAAAGGAAGUCACUUGAAGAUUCUUUUAAAGAGAAGCAGGAAUUGCUGGAGAAAAAAAUCGAUGAACUAAAAAGUGAAAACGACUCUCUGAGUGAGAAGCUGAAAUUAGAAGAACAAAAACAAAUAGCCAAAGAAAAAACCAAUGUUAAAAACCCACAGAUUAUGUACCUGGAACAGGAGCUGGAAAGUUUGAAAGCAGUGCUGGAGAUCAAGAAUGAGAAACUCCAUCAGCAGGAUAUAAAGCUAAUGAAGAUGGAAAAACUGGUGGAGAACAACACAAUUUUAAUGGAUAAAUUAAAGAAGGUUCAGCAAGAAAACGAAGAAUUAAAAGCUCGGAUGGACAAACACAUGGAGCUUUCAAGGCAACUUUCUACAGAACAAGCUGUUUUACAGGAGUCACUAGAGAAAGAAUCAAAAGUAAACAAACGCCUGUCAAUGGAAAAUGAAGAACUUCUGUGGAAGUUGCACAAUGGUGACCUAUGCAGCCCAAGAAAACUGUCUCCGAGUUCUUCAUCUGUGCCUCUUCAGUCCCCACGAAAUUCUGGUAACUUCUCUAGUCCUGCUGUGUCACCAAGAUGACAUCUCUUGAGAGAAAGAGGAGAUUGCAUUUCGUUUCUGAUCUGCAGAACCAAUCUUAAUUUUAAUCACAGGAGCAAGAGCUAUAUUAGCCGACUAUGACAUCUAAACAUAACUGGAAACUAUUCAGUGCAAAAAUGGCGAGAAGAGACUGUGAAUAUGGGAGUAAGACAUUCACUCCUCCCAAAAAGACUUGUUUAUGACCUCUAUGGACAUUGUUGCACAAAGCACUUAAAGAGCAAGGAAAGACUUGUUUGUUGCCUUUUCACCUAACUCUAAGAAGAAGCUCAGGGGCUUAGAGAUAAAGAUCACAACCUUUAUAAUAUGUUCCUUAUCACCGACACUUUUUUAAGGCUGUGUGUGUGCGCGCGUGUGUGCUGUGGAUGGAAUGGAUGUAACACACUGUGCGUGUGUCUAAUGCUGCCUUCUUUGCUGUGUACGUAAUAAAGGAUAAAAGCUGAAGACUA